ACCAGGAGGCGGAGCCGUCGAGGGCACUUUGGCCCGGAUGUCCGGGCGAGGUGGCUUGCUCUGCUAAUCCGCGAGCCUCUCCAAGGAAACCUACAAGCUGCUGAUGGCUGUCGAUAUUCAACCAGCAUGCCUUGGACUUUACUGUGGGAAGACCCUGUUAUUUAAAAAUGGCUCAACUGAAAUAUAUGGAGAAUGUGGGGUGUGUCCAAGAGGGCAGAGAACAAAUGCACAGAAAUACUGUCAGCCUUGCACAGAGUCUCCAGAACUUUAUGAUUGGCUCUAUCUUGGCUUUAUGGCUAUGCUUCCUCUCGUUUUACAUUGGUUCUUCAUUGAAUGGUACUCAGGGAAAAAGAGUUCCAGUGCCCUUUUCCAGCACAUUACUGCAUUGUUUGAAUGCACUAUGGCAGCUAUCAUCACCUUACUUGUGAGCGAGCCAGUUGGUGUGCUUUAUAUCCGUUCCUGUCGAGUGUUGAUGCUUUCUGAUUGGUACACCAUGCUUUACAACCCUAGUCCAGAUUACGUGACCACAGUGCACUGCACUCAUGAAGCUGUCUACCCAUUAUACACCAUUGUAUUUAUCUAUUAUGCAUUCUGCUUGGUAUUAAUGAUGCUGCUCCGACCUCUUCUGGUGAAAAAGAUUGCCUGUGGGUUAGGAAAGUCGGAUCGAUUUAAAAGUAUUUAUGCUGCACUUUACUUCUUCCCAAUUUUAACUGUGCUUCAGGCAGUUGGUGGAGGCCUUUUAUACUAUGCCUUCCCAUACAUUAUAUUAGUAUUAUCUCUGGUCACUCUGGCUGUGUACAUGUCGGCUUCUGAAAUAGAGAACUGCUAUGAUCUUCUGGUCAGAAAGAAAAGACUCAUUGUUCUGUUCAGCCACUGGCUGCUCCAUGCCUAUGGGAUCAUCUCCAUUUCCAGAGUGGAUAAACUCGAGCAAGAUUUACCCCUUUUGGCAUUGGUACCCACACCAGCCCUUUUUUACUUGUUCACUGCAAAAUUUACCGAGCCUUCACGGAUACUCUCAGAAGGAGCCAACGGACACUGAAUGUAAAAUGCCAAAAAAGCCUAAGAAGUGUUCUUAAUUUUAAAAAAAGAGUAAAAAAAUGUAUUAGUACUCUUCUGUCAUACAAGGGAAUAUGAUUGUCAGUACAUCUGAUGUUUUGGGGAGUUUGUUGUUUGUUUUCUUUUUUCAAUUUAACAGAAUUUAUCAUUUCAAGGAAAAUGCAAAAUACCAUAAUUCUCCAUUAUGUAGUAUAACACACUGUAUACUUAACAGUACUCCGUUAUAUUCCACUGGAGGCCUAUUAGGAAGCACUUACCUCUUGCAACAAUUCAGCUCUUCUUUAGAGCAAAAUCAUGUUUCUGUGUACCUAGCAAUGCGUGAUGUUCCUAUUGUUAUUAAGAAAAUCUAUUAACAAGUACAAUCUGAAGUCCUGAACGUUGGCAUAAUUGUGCAUGCCUGCUGCGUUCCCCUUUGAUUUUCAAAUACACUGAAUUAUAAAGUCAAGCGUAUUUGUGGGGCCGGAUAACAAACACAACAUACUUCAUUUCUAUGUUUGCUAUCUAUUUAUUUUCACCAAUACAGUAUUUUGAUCUAUUACAAAAAUAGAGCAUAAUUUAUAUAACAGGUCUUUUGUUUUUAGGUAGUUUGGUUGAAGAUAUCCUCAGGUUAUUCCUGUUCCUGGAAAGAAAAACAGUAAUAAAAAGCUUAAUUACAAAAAAAAUCUCAAAUGUCUGGCAUCUAGUUGUAUUUGCCACACUAGUUGUGGAAAGAAUUCAAAAUGUUAAGUGUCUCUUUCCUAAAUGAAUAAACAUGAAUAUUUAUAUACUUCCUCA